AUGAAGGUAGCCAGCAUCUUUCUUCUCACUGCCUUGGUCCUGUUGAGUUUAUCUGGUAGUACUAGAGCUAACUUCCUGGAAAGAGAGGCUAAAUGUACAAAUGAAGUGAGUGGAUGUCCCAAGAUUUAUAGCCCUGUCUGUGGGACGGAUGGAGUUACUUAUUCUAAUGAAUGCAUGUUAUGUAUUGAAAAUAAGAAACACCAGAUUCCUGUCCUCAUUCAAAAGUCUGGGCCUUGCCGAAAACCAAGUCUGGAUUUGGAAAGGAAGGGACAAAAUGAAAUUUUACCUUCCUCUCUCGACCAGGCACCACAGAGAGAAACAGAGAUGGGCCAGCUGACUUCGGUAAGGAUUCUUACCCUUGGCCGGCUCCUGCAGGAUUUCCCUGAAUCCUGUCUGUGGGUUCCAGAGACAGUGGGGUGUCCCAGUGGGUUUUCCCUCUACCCUUCAUGGUGA